AUGUCGAGCCAGAUGCCGGGCGGGGCGCCGGGCCAGAUGCACUUCGUUGGUGCGUCGAGCACGCAGGACGACGUCGGGACGUUUAAUGGCGGCAGCUACAGGGUUAGCCAUAGGGACAGCAACACGAUUUUGACGGUGCAGUUGGCGGUGGGGUGUCCGCUUGUUGCGAAGCCUGGCGCAAUGAUCGCAAUGUCUCCAACCGUAACCCUCAAGGGCGCCGUCAAGUUCUCCAUGAAGAAGCUCAUCGCCGGCGGCGAAAUGGCGACCUCGACGUACACAGGUCCCGGCGAGCUUCUGCUGGCUCCGGAUGCGCUCGGCGACGUGACCAACAUCCGGCUCAACGGCCAGGAGCAGUGGUCCGUCGGCAAGGACGCGUUCCUCGCGGCGACGCAGGGCGUGGUCAAGGAGUAUAAGAGCCAAGGAUUUGCGAAGGCGAUGUUUUCGGGGGAGGGCCUGUUCGUAUACAAGAUGUCUGGGACGGGGAUCCUGUGGAUUACGAGCUUGGGGGCUAUCAUCAGGAAAGACCUCCAAGACGGCGAGCGAUACAUCGUUGACAACAACCACCUCGUGGCCUGGAACUGCAAGUACGUCCUCGAGCGCGUCGCCAGCGGCGGCAUCAUCUCCGGCAUCUCCUCGGGCGAAGGCCUCGUCUGCAAGUUCACCGGCCCAGGCACCGUGUUCAUCCAGACCAGGAAUCCUCUCGCGUUCUCACAAUGGCUUGCUGCGCACUCGGUUGCACAGUGA